CAGCCGGGGCAAAGAGAGAGGAGCAGAUUUCCAGGGAAAACACAGCUUGGGGAGGUGCAGGAAGGCAGGAAUGUGGGAAUAAAGGAAUGCAGGACGACAGGAAUACAGGACAACAGGAAUACAGCCAGUUUGUGACAGUGGACCCGUUUGCUCCCAGUUCCAGGGUGCAUCCCAUAAAAAGGUGCCAGGAGGUCCCAGCGUGGGGCAGAACCCCCCAGGGACACAGUGCAGCCCAAAUUCCAGGGGUUUGCAUCCCGCUGGGAGCUGAGCUCCCCCGGGAAGAGCCCCUGCCUGAGCUCAGCCCAAGAUCCAGGCUCGAUCCCAGCAGGAUUCCUGGGCUGGAUCCAGCGGCAGCGUUGACUGAAAAAGGCAAGGAAUUCCUGCAAGGAAUCUGGGAGCUCCUGUGGGAGAACCAGGGUGGCAAGGGAGGCACAGAGAGAGGCCUCCAUCCCACCUGGGACAGACAGAGCUCCUGGGACAGACAGAUCCUGGCUCUGGAGCCCAGGAAAGCUGGACCCUGGAGACCUUCCCUCAGUGACGUGGCUGCUGGGACACGGCCUCCCCCUGCUCCUGCUGCAGUAGCAAUGCUGGUGUCCCCACGGAGCUGCAGUGAGGAGCUCUGGGCUCUGGCAGGAGCUCUCCCCGCGCCGGUGCCCAUGGAGUGAGCCGUGCCCGGGGGUGAGCGGGCACAGCAGGACGCUGAAGUUUGGCUGCCCCGGCCCCGCCAAAACCCCUCCCGUCCCCCGCGCCC